AGUAGACGGGACCUUAGCUGUGAGAAGCCCCUACCUCCGGGGUCCAUGGGGCUGCCCUUCCUGGGAGAGACUCUCCAGCUGGUCCUGCAGAGAUACAAAUUCCUCAAGAUGAAAGUCCGAAAGUACGGCCACAUCUACAAGACCCAUCUUUUCGGGAACCCGACUGUGCGGAUCAUGGGAGCUGAGAAUGUGAAGCACAUUUUGCUGGGCGAGCAUAAGCUGGUGUCGGUGCAGUGGCCCGCCUCUGUCAGGACCAUCCUGGGAGCCGGCUGCCUCUCCAGCCUCCACGACUCCGAGCACAAGCACAGGAAAAGGGUGAUCUUGAAAGCCUUUUCCCGAGAAGCUUUAGAGAACUACAUCCCAGUGAUGGGCGAGGAGAUUAGGGCCGGGGUCAGGCGAUGGCUGGAGAGCGGCUCCUGCGUGCUGGUUUACCCCGAAAUGAAACGCCUGAUGUUCGGCAUCGCCAUGCGGAUCCUGCUGGGCUUCGAGCCCACACACACCACCCGGCAGACACAGCAACAACUCAUCGAGGCCUUCGAGGAGAUGAUUCGCAAUCUUUUCUCCCUGCCCAUCGAUGUGCCGUUCAGCGGCUUAUACCGGGGGCUGAAGGCUCGGAAUGUGAUCCACGCAAAAAUCGAAGAGAACAUAAGGAAAAAGGUGGCGAGACGCGAGGCCACGGCUCAGUUCAAAGAUGCCCUGCAGCUGCUGAUCGAGCACUCAGAGCAGAGUGAGCAACCCCUGCGUUUACAGGAACUGAAAGAAUCUGCUACCGAGCUGCUGUUUGGAGGACAUGAGACAACAGCCAGUACAGCCACCUCCCUGGUCACUUUCCUGGCGUUACACCCUGCGGUGCUGCAAAAAGUCAGAGAGGAAUUGCAAGAACAGGGAUUACUGAACAGCGACGCUACAGAGGACAAACAAAUCACCAUUGAACUCCUGGAACAACUUAAAUACACCGGAAGCGUAAUCAAAGAAACUCUUCGACUGAGUCCCCCGGUCCCUGGAGGAUUCCGCGUGGUCCUAAAGACCUUUGUGCUGAACGGUUAUCAGAUACCAAAAGGCUGGAAUGUUAUUUACAGUAUCUGUGACACACAUGACGUAGCAACCAAUUUCUCGAAAAAGGACGAGUUCAACCCGGAUCGCUUCAUGGAGGGCUGCUCAGAAAAAGAUUCCUGCAGAUUCAGCUAUAUCCCAUUUGGUGGAGGCUCCAGAAGUUGUGUGGGCAAAGAGUUUGCCAAGAUCCUCCUCAAGAUCUUCACAGUGGAACUCGUCAGGGGUUGUGACUGGGAACUUUUAAACGGGCCUCCAACAAUGAAAACCAACCCCACUGUAUAUCCAGUGGACAACUUGCCCACAAAAUUCACACCAUUCCCGUACAAAAUGUGACCUAUUCACAACACCAGAACUCUGAAUAUCACCAUCUACAUGCAGACUUUUACAGGUCCUUUAUUAUUGCAUUGCAGCCAAUAUACCGAUAUAUCAAAAUAUCUUUCAGAAAGUCACUUGGUGGGUUGACAAAUAUGGCAGAAGCUUUAUUAUCUCAUUUUUAAAAAUGAGAUUUUGUUCAGGUCUUGUGAAGUUGAAAAUAUUCUUCCCACCCCCCCACCAAUCUUUUUGCUUUUUUCUUCCACAAAGUGAAGAUCAAACUUUCACGCAGAUAUGUUUUUAUUAAUUCUGUAAAUAAGCUAUUUUAUACUACUGUAUUUGUAAUCUUAAACUACUGCUUUUAGAUUAUGAAUUAUUUAAAUACAUUGUAGCUUUGUAAUGCAACUGCUAAUUUAUGUUAAGCCUUGGACUGUAAAUAUUAUAAUUUAAAGAACAGGCUGCCUGGCAAACAUUACAAGUAUAUUUCAAGCACUAGGCCAUGAACCAUAUGGAUACAUGGCAAGAGAGG